AACUAUGUACAAAUACUGAAGGCACUCCAUGAUCAAAUGGACCAUGAGGAUUUGGAGCCUCCUUUCCCUCCAAAAUCAUCUUCGCCAACGACCUUACCUAACGUUUGAACCCGUUACUCUCCCAACCACUUUCCUCUUCCCUGUUAAAUUUAUCCAAACCUACGUUAAAUUUGGCGGAGACCCACAAACUGCAACUAUUCUAAGCUCAAUCCAUAAGGGGAGUUUAACACCCAGCACUAUAUCCUACUCCAAGCUCCUCUCACAAUGCACUGCUUCCAAGUCUAUUAAUUCAGGCAUGGAAGUCCAUGCCCAUGUAGUUAGAUUUGGAUUAUUUGAGGACCGGAAUGUUAGGAACCAUCUGGUAAAUCUGUAUUCAAAGUGUCGUUGUUUUGGGUAUGCCCGGAAACUGGUUGAGGAAAGUACUGAACCGGAUUUGGUUUCUUGGUCUGCUUUGAUAUCUGGGUAUGCACAAAAUGGGCUUGGUAAAGAAGCUAUAUUGGCCUUUCAUGAGAUGCACUUGUUGGGUGUGAAGUGCAACGAGUUUACGUUUCCAAGUGUUCUUAAGGCAUGCUCUGUAACGAAGGAUUUGGGGCUAGGGAAGCAGGUUCAUGGGAUUGUUGUGGUAACAGGGUUUGAAUUCGAUGUGUUUGUUGCAAAUACUUUGAUUGUAUUGUACGCAAAAUGUGGGGAGUUAGGGGAUUCAAGGAGACUGUUUUAUGCAAUUCCAGAACGGGGUGUUGUUUCAUGGAAUGCAUUGUUUUCUUCUUAUGUGCAGAGCGGUUUCUGUGGGGAAGCAUUAGAUUUGUUUCAGGAGAUGGUUUCAAAUGGAAUAAGCCCAAAUGAGUUUAGUUUGUCAAGUAUACUGAAUGCUUGCUCGGGUUUGGGGAAUGGUGGUCAAGGAAAGAAAAUGCAUGGGUAUUUGGUAAAGCUUGGAUAUGAUUAUGAUCCAUUCUCAGCAAACGCACUUGUUGACAUGUAUGCAAAAGUAGGAGAUAUCGAAGAUGCAAUUAUUGUUUUCGAGGAAAUUGCACAACCUGAUAUUGUUUCCUGGAAUGCUGUAAUUGCUGGCUGCGUUCUUCAUGGGAACCAUGAUUGGGCUUUGAAGUUAUUUGUGAAAAUGAGAAGGUCAGAAACACGUCCAAAUAUGUUUACCUUAUCAAGUGCUCUUAAAGCUUGUGCUGGAAUGGGGCUCGAAGAAUUGGGUAGACAGUUGCACUCUAGAUUGAUAAAAAUGGAUACAGAAUCAGAUUUGUUUGUGGGUGUGGGACUGAUAGAUAUGUACUCAAAGUGCCAUAUGAUGGGUGAAGCAAGGAUGGUUUUCAAUUUGAUGCCAAACGAGGACUUGAUUGCUUAUAAUGCUGUUAUCUCUGGACAUUCACACAAUGGGGAAGACAUGGAAGCUGUAUCACUUUUUGCUGAGAUGCAUAAAGAAGGAAUAGGAUUCAACCAGACUACUUUAUGCACAGUCCUCAAAUCCACAGCUAGCUUGGAGGCUAUCAAUGUUUCUAGACAACUUCAUGCACUUUCACUGAAAUUUGGUUUUCAUUCAGAUAUUUAUGUCAUAAACAGUAUUCUUGAUGCAUAUGGAAAGUGUAGUCGUCUAGAUGAUGCAACCAGAACUUUUGAAGAAUGCCCAAUUGGAGAUCUGGUGGCUUUCACAUCCAUGAUCACUGCUUAUUCUCAGUAUGGUCAAGGUGAGGAAGCUCUAAAGCUCUAUUUGCAAAUGCAUGACAGGGGGAUCAAGCCAGACCCAUUUGUUUGUAGUUCCCUUCUAAAUGCUUGUGCAAAUUUAUCGGCAUAUGAACAAGGUAAACAGAUACAUGUUCAUGCUCUGAAGUUUGGGUUCAUGUCUGAUGUCUUUGCUGGAAAUUCUAUAGUUAACAUGUAUGCAAAGUGUGGAAGCAUAGACGAUGCAGAUCGUGCUUUCUCUGAGAUACCCGAGAGGGGAAUAGUAUCAUGGUCCGCAAUGAUUGGGGGACUUGCACAACACGGCCAUGGGAAGCAGGCCCUCCAAUUGUUUAACCAGAUGCUUAAAGAUGAUGUUUCCCCAAAUCAUAUAACUUUAGUUAGUGUCCUUUGUGCAUGCAAUCAUGCAGGUUUGGUAAGCGAAGCCAGAGAAUAUUUUGAUUCGAUGAGAGAGUUGUUUGGUAUUGAACCAAUGCAAGAGCAUUAUGCUUGUAUGAUUGAUCUUCUUGGCCGUGCUGGGAAAUUAGAUGAAGCAAUGGAACUUGUAAAUACAAUGCCAUUUCAAGCUAAUGCUUCGAUUUGGGGUGCCCUUCUUGGUGCUGCAAGAAUCCAUAAAAAUGUCCAUCUCGGCCGACAUGCUGCUGAGAUGCUCCUAACACUUGAACCAGAGAAAUCAGGUACCCAUGUGCUUCUUGCAAACAUUUAUGCAUCAGCUGGCAUGUGGGAAAAUGUUGCAAAGGUGAGAAGGCUUAUGAAAGAUAGCAUGGUGAAGAAGGAACCCGGAAUGAGUUGGAUUGAGGUCAAAGACAAAGUAUACACCUUUAUAGUAGGAGAUAGAAGCCAUUCUAGAAGCAAGGAAAUAUAUGCCAAACUUGAUGAGCUCGCUGACUUGAUGAAUAAAGCUGGCUAUGUUCCAAUGGUAGAGAUUGACCUUCAUGAUCUGGAACAGAGUGAAAAGGAGCGGCUUCUGUUCCACCACAGCGAAAAGCUUGCAGUGGCUUUUGGUUUAAUUGCUACUCCACCAGGAGUUCCCAUUAGGGUGAAGAAGAAUCUUCGAAUCUGCGUUGACUGCCACACUGCAUUCAAGUUCAUUUGUAAAAUUGUCUCAAGGGAGAUUAUCGUGAGAGACAUCAAUAGAUUCCACCAUUUUAAAGGAGGUUUGUGUUCUUGUGGAGAUUAUUGGUGAUCUCUGUGGAGUGGUGCUCCCUUUACCACUCAUGUCCAUCCUGUGGAGGUGAAGCGCUCUCCUGUUGCUACCAAAGUACACACCCUAUGCAGACACUACCCAUUCAUUAUCUGACAUAGAGAGGCAUAUUGGAGACCUGUCAUGAACCUACGGCUUUUACCCAACUAACCCCAAAAAUUAAUUUGUAUUCCUUGAUAUCUAUUGAUUUAAAUGUAAUAUUACA